AUGGGGCAAGAGACAGCCCUUGAUCUCCAUUCGCCCCUCAACAAUCGAAACGUGGCAUCCGAACUGGCGACUAUUUUAGGGCAUCUUCGUCAAGGCCACUACGACUACGGCCACUUCUUUCCGCUGGUUAAACUCGUCACUCAAAAGGCGUCCGACGCCAAGAUCUGGAACGCCGUGCUUGAUCUUGUCGCCGCUCUUACCCGAGUAACGCCUCCUGCAAGCGUUCCUGCGACAUUCGACAGCACGCCUAUUACCCAUUCCUCCGCUUCCCAGCAAGGUACCGAACAGACACGAGAGGUGGUGGAAAGAAAGGUCUUUGAGGAGAUCAGAUUUUGCACAUACCGCGACGUGGAAGGAUUCUUUGAGAAAUACUUCGAGGGGAAAACCUGGACAAGCCGUGCCUUGGGCAUCUAUGAGGCGAUAAAGGACCAACACGUCGAUGGCGCGUGGACCGGCCUUCCGAAUCCGCCCGUGCAGGACGGAGUUCUGGAUUGGUGGUUCCGAUUCCAGGAUGACUUCCUCUCGGAGGAACGACGCCGCUACUAUUCGACCACGAACCCGAAGGAUCUUGUCGAUGCCGCGCACGACUGGAGGGAUGUCGAAGUGAUUGGCGAGCUCAAGGCGUCCAAUAACAACAAAAAGGCGACGCUUCUCCAGAUCGGCCGAUACGUGCGAGAUGUUUUCUCCUGCCAGCCGACACGUCGUCCUGGCGCGUUCGAUAUCCAUGACAAGCCCAAACGGUUCAUACAGGUGAUCGCCGGUUACGCAAUGAUGAAUGAUGAAGAACUGGGGUUGGACACGUUUACAGAGCUGGAUGGCAACAGUCGCUUGAUACACGUUGACCAAGACGGGACUUCAGGCAGGAAGAGGCUGCGGUUGGAGUCGCAGCCUUUCACCCGUCAACGGGCAGUCGUCUGCCGUGGGACGUCUUGCUAUCUCACGAAGCCUCCGGACUUCGAGGAUUGGAGUUAUGUCGUCAAGUUCUCCUGGACGUCCGACAGGCGAAAGCCAGAGGCAGACCUUCUCAGAUUGGCCCGUCAGAGAGGAGUUGAGGGCAUUGCCGACUUGAUCGGCCAUCGUCGCAUAACCAGCAUCAAUGAGAUGCGAUCAGGCCUGAUAUUCACAAAACCUUACACCUUUCGAGGUGCUCCAAGCUCUGCCGAGCUUCCAGGCUUAAGCAUCGCUGACAGGCCGUUAAGAAAGCGCAAGUCGGCUGAUGUCAGCCUGAAACCCUCUAAGCGAUCAAGGUCCAACAGUCAAAAGUCGAGCCAAAAACAAAACGAGGUCACGUACGAUGUGGAAGGAGCCCAAGGAACGAGUCUGCUCGCUCCCAACAGCGGACCGUAUGAUAAUCGAGUCUUUCGAUGUCUCGUAAUCUCCCCAGCUGGCCGGGCGAUCCACAAGUACGAAACGAAAUCGGAGCUUCUAGGGGCGCUUUGCGAUGCCAUCAAGGCACACAGGUUCCUACACCUCAAAGGCAACAUCCUGCACCGGGACAUUUCCGAGAACAACAUAAUCAUAACCGACCGCAAAACGACUGGCCACAUGGGCAUGCUGAUCGACCUGGACCUUGCCAAGGAGCUGGGCAGCGGGCGCAGCGGGGCGCGCUGUCGCACUGGGACGAUGGAGUUCAUGGCAGUUGAGGUCCUGCAAGGGAUCUCUCACACUUACCGGCAUGAUCUAGAGUCGUUCUUCUAUGUGCUCCUCUGGCUGUGUGGUCGUCGUGGCAGCUAUCGAGAGAUUGCGAGCGCCAAACGAGGGCAUAUGCACGUUGAUGGAUUUGAGGACAUCUUGGAGGAAUUUCCGCAACCCAAGUUCGACUGGGACGGGCUCUUUGUCGGGACACCGAAGGAUCCGGAGAUUCUCUAUGGGCCAAUCAUCAAAGCAUUUGACAAGGCUAUUGAUGAGAUCAAGGCGAUGGAAGGAUAA